UCUCAAUCCGAUUGCCUCUUGAUUUGGGAAUUUACUCAAAAUAAUAACCAAGGCCGAACCCUAAACGUUGACUUUUUUGCCUAAUUUCCACCUGUAGUUCAUGCUCAUAGAAUGGAUCUGAAUUUUCUGUCGCAAUAUAAUAUCUAGCUUCUCGUGGAAACUCUUAAUUUGAUUUAGAAGUUGGUAUCGAGAAUUUGCUGUGAUGGGUGGUCAAAGGUAUGGUAAGCGUCCCCACUCUCAAUCUAACCAUGAUAAUGGGCCAAAUAAAAGGAGGAAUCAAGGUGAUGAGAAAGAGCAGUUUGUGAUUGAUCCGGAGGAUACUGUGUUUCGUUAUGUUUGCCCCGGUCGAAAGAUUGGCAGUGUUAUUGGCAGGGGAGGUGAGAUUGUUAAGCAACUGAGGGUGGAGACUAAGUCCAAGGUUAGAAUUGGUGAGACUGUGCCAGGGUGUGAAGAGCGCGUGGUUACUAUUUAUAGUUCCAGUGAUGAGACUAAUGCUGUUGAGGGUGGCGACAAUUAUGUGUCGCCGGCUCAGGAUGCUCUGUUUAAGGUGCAUGACAGGUUGGUUGCUGAUGACUUGCACGGAGAUCAGGAUGAUGAUGGGGGUCACCAAGUAACUGCUAAACUGCUGGUGCCGUCUGAUCAGAUAGGUUGUGUUAUUGGAAAAGGUGGGCAGAUAGUUCAGAACAUACGUAGUGAAACAGGAGCUCAGAUUCGAAUACUUAAGGAUGAGCAUUUACCUUUGUGUGCCUUGAGCUCUGAUGAGCUUGUGCAGAUUACUGGGAAUGCUGCCGUUGUGAAAAGGGCUCUGUACCAAAUUGCAUCUCGACUUCAUGAUAACCCUUCACGAACUCAACAUCUUCUUACUUCUGUUGUUCCUGGUGUAUAUCCUGCUGGUGGUUCACUCAUUGGUCCAACUGGAGGAGCUCCACUUGUGGGGAUAGCUCCUCAUGUUGGUGCUUAUGGGGGAUAUAAAGGUAACACUGGUGACUGGCCGCCACGGUCCAUGUACUCAACUCCAAGGGAUGAGGCAUCUUCAAAGGAAUUUUCAGUUCGUUUGGUUUGCCCAGCAGGAAACAUUGGAGGUGUGAUAGGAAAAGGUGGUAUGAUAAUAAAUCAAAUUAGGCAGGAUUCUGGUGCAGCCAUCAAAGUUGAUAGUUCAACAACAGAAGGAGAUGAAUGCUUAAUAACCAUUUCAACAAAAGAGUUCUUUGAAGAGACUUUCUCUCCAACAAUAGAAGCUGCUGUGCGUCUGCAACCUCGAUGCAGUGAGAAGGUUGAAAGAGAUUCAGGAAUAAUCUCUUUCACUACCCGUCUGCUGGUAUCAACCUCACGAAUUGGUUGUCUUAUUGGUAAAGGGGGAUCUAUCAUAACUGAGAUGAGGAGACUUACAAAAGCUAACAUUCGCAUUAUUUCGAAGGAAAAUCUUCCAAAGAUUGCUUCUGAAGAUGAUGAAAUGGUGCAGAUUUCAGGAGACCUUGAUGUUGCCAAAGAUGCUCUAGUGCAUGUACUUACACGGUUGAGAGCAAACCUUUUUGAUAGGGAGGGUGCUCUCUCUGCAUUCCUUCCAGUUCUGCCAUAUCUCCCUGUUUCAGCAGAUGGAUCAGAUGGCCUAAACUAUGAUGGUAGAGAUGGUAAAAAACAUGGACGUGGACAUUCAUAUUCAAGUGGAUAUGGAGGCUCAAGUGAUUUAGCAGCUGGUGACAUUUAUGGAAGCUAUGGUGGUUCACAGCUUGGAAGCGGUGGUGCUUAUGGAGCUUAUGGAAGUUAUUCUUUGGGACGGCCUAGUACGGCUGGGUUGUCAAGUCAGGGUGGUGUUUCUAGGAGGAGAAACCAUGCUUAUUAAACUCAAUGGGUCUUGGCAGCUGAGAUCUAUGAAGCCCGCAGCCUGCCUACUGCCUAAACCUGAAGACCUGAUGAACCAGGGUUUGACAAACAUAUGGCCCACCCUGACGCAUCUACCUAGAGGACCAAACUUGGAGACUAUUGAUAUUGGCCAUGUCCAUUUUACCUUAAUUCCCAAGCUUGAUUACUUGUGCUCCCAAGAACCUAUAAAACUGGCUUGCCUUUGCUUCUGUUUUUAUUAUUCUGGUUCAUUUAUCUUUAGAACUGAAAAACACCAUGUAGAAUUGAUCAUCCAGCACUUGUAUACUAUUUAUUUUGGGUUUAAUUUUCUCAUAGUUCACUGUCACAUGCAGUAUGAGCUUUUGUGGUUA